ACGAGAACAUCGUUGAAGACAUCUUGGUACGUCAUACCAAUGCACUUACCCAACCCUACUUUACAUCGUUCACGAUUACUUGACCAGCGUACGACAGUCAAUCGUCAGUGGCCAUUUGUAUGUUGUCUCUUGAUCGGCGAAGCAUAGGACGAGCACCGGUCAUAAAGCUGGUUGUUUUGUGCCAGAACACCUCUUGUCAUAAAUUAUAAAUUUAUAAACAGUUCAAUGCGCCCGGGUUCAUAAUCCAACAAAAGACGGUUGUCGAUCAAGAAAACUUUACAAGAUUUCAGAUCGCAAGAUGCAAGCGAAACUUUUCGUUAUUGUCUUUGGUGGUGUCUUGUCAGCAAGUCUAGCUUUUCCUGCUGCCUCACAAACGACGCCAGCUCCAAGCAAACCUCCCCCACCUCCGCCUGAUGGAGGCGCUGGAGGUACUUCGAAAUCCGAAUAUCCAAAAGACCUCGGUAAUGGAGUGGAGAUGAUUAAUCGAGAGGACUGUCCCGGAGGCUAUUGUGAAACCUUCCUUGUCCGACCCCCACCUGCGGGUAUGGGUUUUCCUAUGGGAAUGGGUAUGGGUAUGGGAUCCAUGCCAUGCUGUCCCCAACUACCACCAUCUCCAUGUGGAGGCCAACAACAGCCAUCUUGCCAACUUGGGCCUCCGCCAAUGGCAUGUAACUCUCCCUGCCCAUCCGCUGCCUUUGGAAUGAACAAUUAUCGAUUCAUGAACGCGAAGAGAAUAUAACUGGUAUUGACUGAAUGAUUACACACGAUUGUGCUAGUUCUCGUAGUGCGUGCAAAACCUUUAAAGUUUUGACGUAGGUGAGAACGAGCGAAGCGGUGUAUAUUUAAUAUGUGAUCGUAGAAAGACAUUGCUCAAAUGAGGCGAACUAUAGUAAUGUGUAAACAUUCCUUCCUGUUUCAAGACUGAUCAUGUCUUCUUUAUCUUUUUCUUUUCAAGUCGUUUGUCGUUUUGGAAAAGAAAUAAAACUUAGUCAACUUUGGAAAACGUGCCUUUAUAUGUGAUAUUAGCCAGAAAAAGGUGCAAGACACAUAUUUAUACCAACAUUGAGUUCUUAUACUAGUUUGAUACGUACUCCUCCAUUUAAUUUAAGCCAAAUGACAAGAAAAUUUUAAGAAAAAAGUGUGUUGUAAAGCGGUCGACGCUGUUUUAUGUUCUGGCAAAGUAUUGUAAUAUCUUGUUUUACUUUUAUUUAUACUUUUUGAAAACCAUUCUUUGCACGUAAGAUUAGAGGGUGAAAUCACCGAAAAGUUUCUCAAUUUGCCAAUCUAAUGCCUGAAAUACUGAAAUAGACAAAAAAUUCCGAAAAGAACCAUAUUUUUUUACUUUACCAAAUCCGGUCUAACUGUGCCAUACGAUUGUGCUCUUUAAAACGACCCAGCAAGAUGAAACAAUGACACAAAGCAGCUCAGCGGGUAAUAUGAUUGGUUACUUUCUUAUCACGUGGUUACAAUACACGUGAAGUCAUUCAAGAUGGCGGAUGACAAUGCUGUUUUGAGCACAACACAACUACAGAGAGAAAGUAUCGGCUUCAAAAGCUUCGAAGGAAAUAAAAUGAAAAGAAGCAUGUUAACGGCAUCACGAUAGGUAAAAACAUUAAUAUCUCCUCGUGUCUGGACAACAAAACGACGAAUGGUCUCAGUGACGCUCCGCCAAAGUUGAAUGGACUUCAUAGUAAUUACAUUUUGAAAUCAGAAUGCUCGUUUACUGCUAGCGCAGUUCGGGAUGGCAUAAAAGCUUCAUCAUUGAGAGCAUCUCCUGUGAGAAAUAAAAGCAUGUCAGUUCCGUAUGUGAAUAAUUCAAAGAACAACCACGAAAAUCGACUGGAUGAUAACGAGAAGAAAAAGGAUGGCCUUGAGUGCAAGUGGAUGGAUUGUAAUUUCAUUGCAACAGAUGUUAAUCAGCUUGCAAGCCAUGCACAAGAAACCCAUGUUGAUCCCAUGAAAUCCUGUGACAUUUUUGUCUGCCUCUGGCAACAUUGCAAGGUGUUCAAUCGACCAAGUUGUUCAUUAAGCUGGCUUACUAAACAUUUGGAAUCUCAUGUUGGCGUGAAACCUUUCAAGUGCAUAUUUGAAGGUUGCCAGAUGUCAUUUUCUACACAAACCGGUCUUGCAAGGCAUGUUCCUUGUCAUUUUAAAGAGAACUUACGACAAACUAGAAAAAACAUAGGUAGUAUGGAGAAGGAUGAAUCACCCAGCAAAAGACAGCUCAGGAAAAAAGGUAAAGUUGAAGAUUUUGUGGAUCAACAUUCUGUAAAUAGCAUCAAAUCACGGCUACAAGACAUGAUUUCGACCGAGUCAAACCCAGUUGGCAUCGAUGGCUCUCAGAUACAUUUUGUUGGCCAGCCCUUGGGUGAACGACUGAAACCAGAUGGUGUCAAAGAAAUUCUUCUUCGCUGGAUACCGGAAUCAAUCUUACCGGACGAGUGGGUGUCGGAGAAAGAAGCAAGAACGCAUGCGCGUAGAUCUUUACCCAUACACCGUUUGCCAAACGAAGUCAAAGCUGAGUUGCAUCCGUCUUUUUAUCGUAGAUUAAGUCAUCGAAAAAAAAGACGGAAAUAAGUCAUUCGUUUCUGAUUCGCGACGACCAUACAUUAGCGCCAAAUCCAUUGAAUAAUACUUCAGCCUCGAGUUUCAUUGUCAUCUGAACACUUGUAAAAAGAAAACUGUCCACCGUUUACUCUUUAUUCACCAACAACUGUCUGAAUGUAUUUCUCUCUUAUUGUUAAGUAUUGGCAGUUUUAUGUAACUAACUUAUUUUUCAAUUUUCAUUCAGACUUUGUGAAAAUGCACCAUUUAUUCGAAAAUAAAUUUUACGGCACGCUAAAGGAAUGCAAAA